GGGAAUAUUGCGCUCCAAACCCAAUCAGCUUUGGAGAAAGUCGAGACCCGGUUUUUUUCGCGUCAACGUGGAACUUCUUCGGUAGCCGUAACCGUUUUUUCUCCAGGUUAAUAAACUACCUACGGAGUACUGCUACAGCAGUCCCAGGUCGCUUCCAUUCCCCAUCUCGCUCCUCAGCACGCACAUAAUUAAAGACCAUACUUACCUACCUAGGCCCCUACUCCUAAGGUCUCUCUCAUCCUCUCCCACAACCCGACCCGACCCCGAAGCCACGUCAUCUUCCCCCAACUGUCAAGUCAGUGCCGUGCCAGUCUUAUCUAUCAGCCAUGUCUUCGCCAUCGAGCUCAUCCCAGGGCGGGAAGCGCAAGAGAAACUCCCUUCGCGCAGAGUCGGCCGCUGACCUUGGCGAUAAUGGAAUUCAGACAUCCUCUCGUGAUGCCUCUGGUGAGGAGGGAGACACAACAGCCGCCGAGUCGGGACGACUUCACAGCCGAGGAUCAGCUGUUGGAGGCCCAAUUCCUAAGAGACAGCGCUCUAGCUCGGAUCGUGUCCUCGAAACAGCCGCUGACCACGCCCUGGAUCCUGGCGAGCCAAGCGAUACCACAGAAGCCAGCAUCGACAUUGCUGAACGAGUCGGUCGCAAGGGUCGCAAGCCUUCUCUGAGGGAGCUUGACGAAGAGGAGCAGCGAAGAAUCGAGGCCAUGCCCCCUCCCCCCAUCGGCAAGCUCCAAGAUCCUGCCGGUGGUUACAAGACGAACCCACCUCCUGUUGGCCGACCUGUUCGUGUAUACGCUGAUGGAGUGUUUGAUCUCUUCCACCUUGGCCACAUGCGACAACUCGAGCAGGCCAAGAAGGCCUUUCCUGACACAACACUCGUCGUUGGAGUCACAGGCGACCACGAAACACACAAGCGCAAAGGUUUGACUGUGAUGUCUGCCGCUGAGCGUGCCGAAACUCUCCGCCACUGCAAAUGGGUCGAUGAGGUAAUCGAGGAUUGCCCAUGGAUUGUUACCCCCGAAUUUCUUGACGAGAACAAGCUCGACUACGUCGCUCACGAUGAUCUUCCUUACGGCGCGGACGAGGGCGACGACAUCUACCAGCCCAUCAAGGCUGCGGGCAAGUUCCUUGUCACACAGCGAACAGAAGGUGUCAGCACAACUGGUCUCAUCACAAGAAUCGUUCGCGACUAUGAGAAGUACAUUGCCCGACAAUUUAAGCGCGGUACUUCCCGCCAGGAGCUCAAUGUGAGCUGGCUCAAGAAGAACGAGCUGGAUCUCAAGCGACAUGUUCAGGACCUGCGGGAAAACAUCACAAACAACUGGACCACUACUGGUCAAGAACUCGGUCGUGAGCUCAAGCAGUUCUGGCCUACUAGCCGUCCUCAGAGCCCCGCCCGAUUUAACAGUGCAGGCAGCUCAGAGGCACUACGUUCCCCAGGUGCUUCUGGAACACCCAAAGAGUUCAUCACUGGCUACGCUCUGGGUCUUGUUGGUGGUGUCCGAGGAUGGAUGACCAAGAGCCGAGGCAAUGUCACCGAUAGUAGCCGACCCCCCAGCGACGAUGAGUCUGAAGAGAGUGAUACACACGCAAAAUCGCCAAAGGACUCAUCAAACACUCCAACCGCGGCUGCAGCUGCAGCCGCUCCUUCGAAGCUAUAAAUGAAGCUGUAUGGUCAUGCAGAUUGCAAAUGUGGGAGAUUGGUUAAAAAAUGUCCAGCAGGAAGAGGAGGCAGGGCCACCACGAUAGGGACAACAGAUGUUUGUGUAAUGGACUUUGGUGGAUUAUUAUUUUAAUCAGUAUUCAGCUGUGCGCUUUAAUACAGGACCGGUAUACAAGGCGUUGUGGCUUGUUUUAUGUAUCGAAUGUUUUCACGUCUACAGUGUAACCUCGGCGCACUAUUGAAUCCGGACUCUUCUUGUCUAAUAAGGUAGCUGUGGGAUGGUACGACAGUUGGGCGAAGUAAUCCGACGAGUAUGACUGAACCGUUCACUUGUUUCGAUAGUCUCAUUUUCGUGACAUUCCCCCAUUCUUAAGACCACCUUGUUACAGCC